UGUUUUAUCAUUGUUCGUGUUGGUCUGGCGGGCCAAUUGUGUUUCAGACGAAAAUAGUCUAAAUUGUGUUAUUAAGUCUAAGCUAAAUGUAGCUUUUAAAGUUAUAUCUCCCCUAGGGAUGGUAGGCAUGUGAUUGCCUCAUUUGGGUGUGGCUGUGUCAAGAUUUCCUGAGAACAAACAAUUUACUACAAAAUGAACUCCUCGGAAGGAAGAUGCUUUCCUGAGACCAAACUUUAUGGAAUUAUCUUGAGUAGUUGUAGUAGCUUAUAGCCUACCAUCGGUUUCAGUGCAUUUCUAGUUAAUUAUCCUAUCCAAGCACAAAUCACAUAAUUUUCAAGAAUAACAUAUCUUAAAUGUGGUGUACAUUUUAGACUGUACGCAGCCAACCGCUUAGGUUGUAGGUAAGGUUUGGUCAAGGACGGUUAGGUCAAAUUAACACCUAGUUUUGCGUUGUUGGUUUAAUCAUUACAUUAUAGCCUACAGCCUACGCGUAGUGCUAAAAGCGUACACCAGGAAAGACUCUUGCUCUGAAUUGUUGCCAUCCUCUGUAACUGCCUCGCACAACAUCUGCUAUCUGAACGCUUUACAGCGCAAGAACGCACUUCAUCUUGGGCAACUCGAGAACCACGCGGAGGACCGUCCCUCAUCCAUAAGGGAAAGGAAGGGAGUUGGGAUGUGCUGUCAUGUUCUUUAAAUAAGCGAUCCUACGGUGCCAGUUUCCUGGCUGGUCUGUAGGGUACUGUUAGGCAAUUGAACUGAUAGGAAUCGAUGUUGUUUUCCAAAAGGGACACUUUGCUUAAAAUCCUAGCCUUAGAUGAGAUAGAACCGUUCUCCAAUCACUUCUGCUUGACCUGACCUGCCUGAUGAGAGCCCAUGCCUAAUACUGGUAAUGAGACUGGUGCAGGACUGGGUGCCAUGUACCCUGGCGUGGAGGGACCGCAUGUCUCCCUCAUCUCAAUGGUGAUCUUCGGCACGUUUAUGCUCCUCUUCCUCCUCAGUGUGACCUGCUGCUGUUUCUACACAAGUAAACUAAGACAUCGCGCCCAGGCUCAAAGCAUUGGAUACAAGGCGGUUGUAUUUGAAGAUGAGUCCACUGAAUUAAAUUUGCAAGAGGAAACUUGUGUGGUGUGUUUGGAGGACUUUAGAAUAAAAGACGAGCUUGGUGUGUUGCCAUGUCAACACACAUUUCACAAAAGGUGUCUAGGUAAAUGGCUUCAGGUGAGAGGUGUGUGCCCCAUGUGUAAUUACCUCAUCAGUGGCCCCUUAGAGCAGCGUCACAGCCUGACCACACUGCUGGAUGAAAUGGUAUAACAGCCAGCUGAUGGCCAUAGUCCUCAGGAUCUAUCAAUGGAUGGUAUAUGAAACAGUCACCAAUCAUAUCCCACAGGAUCCACUGUUUGAAAGUAUAUUAAACAAGCACCAACCAUACUCUCCAGGGUCUAUAGUCGGCUAGUACAGCAGGCUAGUAUAGCUGCCAACUACACUCCUCACUAUGCCCCAUUUGAUGGUAUAGUAGGCAUGUACCAGCAACAGUGAAGAUCCAUUGCGGGAUGAACUGGUAUAGCAAUCAGCCAACAACCAUAUCCUCAGGAUAGAUAUAACCGACAUCUACAAGCAGCAUUCUUCAGUGUCCACGGCUGGAUGCUAUAGCAGAUGGCUACCAUCCCCAGCUACACUCACUCCAGCUACCAGCUACACUCCUCAGGAUUCAAUACUAUGGACUAAUAUGAGCCACUUUCCUAAGGAUCUGACACUGUGGACAAAUAUGAAUUGUUGUCUCCAACAGAUUUAGUUGCCACUUGUUUAUCCUCACCCAUGGACGUUGUUAGGCCUGGACAUCCGAGACUACAGCCCUGAAUGUUUUAUACAUAGCCCCGGAUCACAAUUUAUAAUUAUUUUUUUACAAAAAUAAGAAUAAUAAAAAAAUAGCCCUAGGAUCUAUUCAUCUGUCAUUCUGAUCAUGCAUUAAAGCCCUCAUCAAUAAUAUGAUAUCAUUAAUAUCAUAUCUGUGUGUCAUUUAAGCAGCAGAUCUACUUCACUACCUGGCACACAAACAUUUUGUGUGAGCACUAGAGACAGUGCAUCUGUUACAGGGCUUGUCUUUGUUAGCAUCUGAAGGUAGCUAGCUAGCUAAUUGAUUAAGGCAAGACUUGAAGGAUAUAAGAAGCUUUUUCAAAAAGAAAAAGGAUGAAGGCAGCGAGGCGCAGGUGAGGCUAGAGGAUGUAGAGGAGGAGUUAUCUCCUGUUGCUGACAGUUUGGGUUACAGCAAGGUAAAAGGGAAUGAAAUGUUGAACUCAAAUGUUGACUCAAGUUUAAUACCUCCCAGUUUAAAAUUGAUCUCCAGGCAGCACUAUUUAUAGGCUUAUCUAAACUUUGGUUUACCAAACAAAGGCUGACAAUGUUUUCUGAUAUUCAAACAGUAUAAUGUUCACAUGAAAUGUAAUUUCUGUCUAUAAAAUACUAGUAACGGUAAA